AUGUAUAUUAAAUCAGAGAGAUUCUACCAACAACCAGAUAAUCAACUUAAGGACACCGACAGGUGUUUUUCGGAUUACGAAGAAGAGCUAGACGAUCGUGAAGGCGGCGGGGGUGCGGCGCGGCGGUGCGCGCGCGAUGCGGCGUCGCCCGCGCACGCGCACGCGCCGGCGCCCGCGCCUCCCGCGCCCCCCGCGCACGCCGUCAAGAACGAGCGCCUCAGUCCGCACGACUCUACUGCUUCCAGAUCACGUAGCGUGACGCCGUCGACGUCAUCCUACCCGGGCACACCGCCAGAGCGCGGCAGCCCGCACGCGCCACCUGCACCUGCUCACCCACCCCGGAAUUACUCGGACAUCAUGCGUUCGCUUGCCGCCCGAUACAACACACACCCCUCUAAUGACUAUUUCCACCGAAUAAAUGGGUACGGUAUGGAAAGAACUCCAGCGCCCACACAGGCCGAUGGUAAUGAUGUGGUCGUUGGCGGUUUAUUUGCAAAGUUAGCGAAGCAACAGGGAGGCCCACCUCGGCUUCCCGCUUUCCCUGUUAUGCUAGACAUGAGUUCUACAAAGACUCUAUUAGCAAUAUCGCGAGUGGGUCGCGGAGGUAGAUCGCGGCGCAAGCGCGUCGGCGCGGGAGUCACAACGGAACACUCUCCGCUUGAUCUCUCCGCGGCGGGGGAGAGUGCGGCGAAACGCGCCCGACUCUCCGCCAGCCCUAGCACGCGGAGCGACGGAGAUGAGAGGGACAGAGUAUCAAAUGAAGACCGGAGUGAGAGUCGCGAUUGCUUGUGUUCAGAAGCUCGUGCGAGACUCUCCGCGAUGACUGUAGACGAUGUGUGUGAAUUUGUCUGUACCAUCGACAUCUGCGCUGAAUAUGCGUCGAAUUUUCGCGAACAGAGGAUUGAUGGGGCUGGUCUGCCUCUUCUAACAGAGGAACACCUAACUGGCAUGCUACAGAUGAAACUAGGUCCGGCACUGAAAUUGCGCGCGGUAGUUGCAAGAAGGUUAGAGCCAUGCGCUCAAUGCCAGGCGACGGCCUCUCCGCAAACACCCAACACAGCCGUUUCAACACCCAUCGCACCUAAAGUUAACGGUACAUCGCUCAAAUCAGAACCAAGAAGCAACACCACGAGUCCUAGU